AUGGAGUCACCUAAAAAGAGAGGGAGACCACCCCACCCUCGGGCUACAACUAAUCCUUUGUCAGCUCUGACAUUUGCAUGGACGUUACCAAUAUUUUGGGGUGGCCUGAAAAAGGAGAUGGAAGAAAAUGACUUGUAUGAACCUUUAGAAGAACAUGCUUCAGGUCCACUAGGUGAUAAAUUCGCUCGUUUAUGGGACGAGGAAGUUGCCAGCGCUGAAGGAAAGAGGACGCCCAGUUUACUUCGUGUAAUACUUAAAGCGUACGCUGCGAGGUGUAUGCUUUAUGGAUUUGUCCUUUUCUUCAUGGAAUGUGGAAUCCGCAUAGCGCAGCCCGUGUUCCUUGGCAAGCUGGUGGAGUACUACAGCCCCGAGCAGAAGACCAUGAAGCCGAAGGAGGCGUACCUGUACGCUGGUGGGGUGGUCAUAUGUUCCGCGUUGAACGUCUUCGUGGUACAUCCGUACAUGAUGGCCAUUCUACACAUGGGCAUGAAGUUCAGGGUCGCGUGCUGUUCACUUAUUUAUAGAAAGUCCCUUCGACUAUCGAAAACAGCACUAGGCGAGACUACAGUCGGGCAGGUGGUGAACCUCCUUUCAAACGACGUGAACCGUUUCGACGUGGCCAUCAUUUUCCUGCACUACCUCUGGAUUGGACCACUCGCCACCAUCAUCAUCACCUACUUCAUGUGGCUGGAGAUCAACUGGGCAGCGAUUGUGGGUGUUGGAUUUAUGCUGGCUUUUAUACCGCUGCAAGCCUAUUUGGGAAAGCGGACAUCAGUCCUCAGGUUGAAAACUGCACUUCGAACAGAUGAGAGAGUUCGACUCAUGAAUGAGAUCCUGUCGGGGAUUCAAGUCAUUAAGAUGUACACUUGGGAGAAACCCUUCGCUGACCUUGUGGCGAAGGCGAGAAAGCAAGAAAUUAAGCAGAUAAAAGCGACCUCGUACAUUCGCGGUGUGCUGACGUCCUUCAUCAUGUUCACCACGCGUAUAUGCCUGUUUUUCUCGAUUCUUGCCUUCGUUCUCGAGAACAGCGUGAUCAGCGCCAAGCAAGUGUUCGUCGUGACCAGUUUCUACAACAUCCUCAGACAGACUAUGACUGUCUUCUUUCCUCAAGGUAUAGCGCAAGUUGCCGAAGCCACGAUAUCCAUAAAACGCCUUCAAAACUUCAUGCUGUACGAAGACACAUCCAAACCUGUGCCUGGCUUAGCGGAAAUCCAGACGUCAGCUAAAAAAGGAAACGAUGAAAAGCCAGUACAGGAAUCAGCAGCGUCGUCAGUGAAAGGAGACUACGAUAAAGAGAAGCAUGCGAGCUCUAAGCAGUCCUUGGAAUCUCCAAUAGUUACUAAAAGACACGAAUCAAAAGGCAACGGAAACCUCGAAGCACCUUUAGAGUCUGGCGAAGAAGACACAGAGGAAUUGGUGACCCGCGUCGAAGAAGAUGCACGAGGUGUGCGACUAAAGCACGCCACAGCCAAAUGGAUUGUUUCUCACUCUGAGAACACGCUUACUGAUAUGUCACUCACCAUCAAACCUGGCAAGUUAAUAGCAGUAAUAGGCCCAGUAGGCGCUGGUAAAUCAUCGCUUCUUCAUGUCCUGUUACGGGAAUUACCUCUGGUCUCUGGUUCAGUGCACGUUGGUGGUACAGUUUCAUAUGCGAGUCAGGAACCUUGGCUUUUUGCAGGUAGCGUCCGUCAAAACAUUUUAUUUGGUCAGCCAAUGGACCGACCGCGAUACAACGCAGUUGUGCGGCGUUGUGCACUCGAUAGGGACUUCACUUUAUUUCCACAUGGAGAUAAGACGGUGGUCGGCGAAAGAGGAGUCAGUCUCAGUGGAGGUCAACGUGCCCGUAUAUCCUUAGCACGCGCUGUAUACAAAAGGGCAGACAUCUACUUACUUGACGACCCUCUGUCAGCGGUGGACGCUCACGUCGGGAGGCAUUUAUUCGAGUCCUGUGUGGUUGGUUAUCUGAGGAACACAACACGGGUGCUGGUCACCCAUCAGCUGCAGUUCUUGAAGGAUGUCGAUCAGAUUAUAAUAUUGAAAAACGGUGCAAUAGCCGCGGCCGGUGACUUCGAGACUUUAAGUGCGUCUGGUCUGGACUUCGCCACGCUGCUGGCCCGUGACGAGCAGGAGGAUGAGAAACCAGCCGUGGAAGACAAGUCUAACAUCGAUCUCGACGAAUCAGUUCUGCAGGGAAGCUUCAGGAAAAGACAGAUGAGCAUACACUCUGUGAGUUCAGUAGAUAACUUAACAGCUACAGCGCCCCCUGAAGGCGGUCGUGAAGAAGCAGAGAUGCGAUCUGCCGGUGCGGUCUCAAGUAAAGUCUACGGGGCGUACUUGCGGGCCAGUGGACAUCCCUUGCUCGUAACACUGAUGGUGCUCGUAGCUGUCCUUGCUCAACUGUUGGGUUCGGGGUCUGAUUGGUGGACAAGCUACUGGGUUAACCAAGAAGAAGACCACCCACUCACAGCUUUCCGUGAACUAGAAUCAAAUGCAACAGGACCACUUCAGCUGACCUCAAACUUAACAGACGCACUCAUAAACAACGCUCACUUCAAGUCCGGCCUCACAAGAUAUGACUGCAUUUAUAUUUAUACGUGUAUGGUAGUGGCGCUAGUGGUAGUAUCUCUUCUCCGUUCGUUCCUGUUCUUCUCAAUGGCGAUGCGUGCAUCCACGAAACUGCACAACAAUAUGUUUUCGUCUAUAACCCGCGCCCCUAUGCGGUUCUUCCACACAAACCCGUCGGGUCGUAUCCUCAACCGGUUUUCAAAGGACAUGGGCGCAGUGGAUGAAGUACUGCCCUCGGCAUUAUUGGACGUACUUCAGAUCGGCCUAUCUCUCAUCGGUAUAGUGAUAGUGGUAGCCAUAGUGAACUUUUGGCUACUCAUUCCAACUCUAGCGAUCGGGUUUAUAUUCUACGGCCUCAGAAUAUUUUACAUCGCCUCGUCAAGAAGUAUCAAACGGCUCGAGGGUGUGACGCGUAGUCCAGUAUUCUCCCACCUCAACGCUUCUCUCCAGGGUAUCACAACCAUACGCGCCUUUGGAGCUCAGGAGACUCUCAUUAAAGAGUUUGAUAGCCACCAGGACUUGCACAGUUCAGCUUGGUACAUGUUUAUUGCGAGUUCCCGUGCUUUCGGCUUCUGGUUGGACUUGGUCUGCGUCAUUUACAUCGCUGUGGUUACUAUGAGCUUCCUCGUGUUUGGACAAGAGGAAUAUGGUGGUAAUGUGGGUUUGGCCAUAACACAAGCGAUGGGUCUUACUGGAAUGUUCCAGUGGGGUAUGAGACAGUCAACUGAGUUAGAGAAUCAGAUGACCAGUGUUGAGAGGAUAGAAGAAUACUCAAGUAUAGAACCCGAACCACCUUUAGAGUCGGAACCGAGCAAGAAGCCGCCGCCAUCUUGGCCGGACGCCGGAAAGGUCGAGUUCAAGCACGUGUUCUUAUACUACGCGCAGGACGAACCCGCCGUACUCAAAGAUCUUACCCUUGAAAUUUUGCCCAGGGAAAAGGUGGGCAUUGUCGGUAGAACGGGUGCUGGAAAGAGUUCCCUCAUUAAUGCUUUGUUCAGACUAGCAACAAUAGAAGGAGAAAUAGUAAUAGACGGAAGGGAGACGUCGUCUCUGGGCUUGCACGAGCUCCGAAGUCAGGUCUCCAUAAUUCCCCAGGAACCGGUGCUGUUCUCUGGCACUAUGCGGCACAACUUGGACCCCUUCGAUGAAUACCCCGAUCAGGUUCUGUGGAGGGCUUUGGAGGAGGUGGAAUUGAAAGAAGCUGUGAUGGAUUUGCCGGCUGGUCUGAGCUCGCGGAUGUCAGAAGGUGGCGGUAACUUUUCUGUCGGUCAGAGGCAGUUGGUAUGUCUCGCUAGAGCUAUAGUACGGCGUAACCGGCUUCUCGUUUUGGACGAAGCUACCGCCAACGUCGAUCCACAAACGGACGCCUUAAUUCAAACAACAAUAAGAAAUAAGUUCGCGGACUGCACAGUACUUACAAUUGCUCACCGUCUCCACACUGUCAUGGAUUCUGAUAAGGUCCUCGUUAUGGACGCGGGUCAAAUGGUGGAGUUUGAUCAUCCGCACAUCCUGCUACAGAAGUCUGGUGGGUACCUUCGUGGCAUGGUGGAUCAAACGGGACGAUCCAUGGCGGAAAUAUUGGCUAAAGUAGCGCUACAGGCCUAUAACAAAAAGUAUCCUCAAGCAGUAGAGGCUACCGACUGA